GCAGCGUCACCGGUGGACUCUGGUGAUGGUGGGACAGACGUAUUUAAAGCCAUCAGAGGUGCCGUGUGGAGACGAGGCUUCGGUGAUACCGCGGAAUACAGACACACGGGGUUCAAGUCUAAGGAUGCCAAACUGGGGCGGUGGUACCAAAUGCGCGGCGUGUGAGAAGACGGUUUACCAUGCAGAGGAGGUGCAGUGCAACAGCAAGAGCUUCCACAAAACCUGCUUCAUCUGCAUGACCUGCAGAAAGGCUUUGGACAGCACAACAGUUGCAGCACACGAGUCUGAAAUUUACUGCAAGUCCUGUUAUGGAAAGAAGUACGGUCCAAAAGGUUAUGGGUACGGACAAGGAGCAGGAGCUCUGAGCUCAGACCCUCCCAGACACGGUGACCUGCAGCCUCACGAAUCGAAACCACGUGCAUCUUCUGCAAACACCAAUUCCACUAAAACGUCACAAAAGUUCGGAGGUUCGGACCGCUGUCCCCGCUGCUCCAAAGCCGUGUACGCAGCAGAGAAGGUGAUGGGGGCCGGAAAGCCUUGGCACAAGACCUGCUUCCGCUGUGCCUUGUGUGGUAAAAGCCUGGAGUCGACUACGGUGACGGACAAAGACGGAGAACUGUACUGUAAAGUUUGUUAUGCCAAAAACUUCGGCCCUAAAGGAUUUGGACUGGGGAAUGCCGCCAUGUUGGACAACCAGGAGUGACGUUGCGCCGUGCUGGUUUCCAUGUGUCCUCAACCUUCACUGUGGACGCUGGUUUUUAAAAUGAGUGGUUGUAACAUCUGACACUGUCAUCCUAAACAUGUAACAGAAGGAAAAUGGGAAACGAACUAAGAAUUUAGUUUGGCAGCAGAUCAACUGUAAUAGUUCAAUCGGAAACCAUCUUUUCAUAAAAUUAAUUUUUUCAAAUACUGAAAUAUACAAGAGUUUCUUGUCAGGUUUUAUGGCACAUAUUUCAGAUUUUUUUUAAUAGUGUACAUUUGUCAAACAUAUUCCUUUUGCUGCCUCCUAUUGUCAGAUGACACUUAACACAACCCCAGUUUAGUUAUUUUAUUUGCAUUCAUUAAUAAUUUAGCGCAGUCUUUUGAAUAAGUGAUUAACAAAUAAUUGGUUAGUAAUUCCAUUGUAAUUACUCUGUAGCUGUUGUCCAGUUCGGGGUGUGAUGGAUUGUUUUGUCAAACUAAAAUGAGUCAUUGUCUCACAGUGUCAAAAUAAUAAACAGUGCCAUACCGGU